ACGCACACAAGAGAACCUUUCCACGUCAGCACAGUCAAGGCUUUCAAGACCAAACAUAACGAGUUAGAGCAAUGAAAGAAAAAGCAGAGGAAUAACAUUGUUGUUUCCUUAUGGAAAAAGACAAUUUCCAGCAGUUAGAACUAGAGAAGAGUGGACCUUCCAAAAGGACAACUCCCAGAAGAAUUAUCCAUUUUGCUGAUGGAGACAUCAUGGAAGAAUAUAGCACAGAGGAGGAGGAAGAGGAAGAGGAAGAAAAAGAACAGAGAACAAAUUCAACGCUUGAUCCUUCUAAACUUGCCUGGGGGCCCUACCUAUGGUUUUGCGCAGGGCAAAUAGCAAGAACCUCAUUUUCUACCUGUGAAUUCCUCGGUGAAAGAUUUGCAGUCUUCUUUGGUCUUCAUCAGCCCAAGUACCAGUAUAUGUUAAAUGAGUACUAUAGAACACAAAGCAAGCAAAGUGACAAGGGAAGUGAAGAGAAUGGAUCAGAGGCCCAACCAGCCAAUGCUCCUAAUGAGAAAUGUCACCUGGAGGCCAGGGGCCGUGAGUACGGAACAAGACUACGAGAUGUGGCGGAGGGCAUUUCUCAGUGGAGCGCCUCAUCCAGGGAGGGCCCGAUGGCAGAUUCCAGCUCCUGAUGGGCAGCGAGGCUAUGGUUCCCCUGGAUUUCUGUUCCCUGGUCAUUGAUUACCAUGGCAACAGCACCACAGGUGGUGCUUCUGAGCCAGAUCUGAUCUUAAUUUCUUUGUGAUUUAUUCUCCACUAGCCAGGAAUUGCAAGCCAUCACGAGAACAAUUGUGGUUUCUUUCUCAAUAUACAUUUUUAUUUAUAAGCCCUGAAACCCAUUGCCACCCCAGGGGUGCAAGUCCUGUCCCUCAGUUGUGGGCUGUUAGUAUUGAUAUUUGAGUAGUAGCAUAAGUGCCUUAUGGAAGAGGGCAUGGCAACCACUCCAGUAUCCUUGCCUGGAAAAUCCCAUGGACAGAGGAGACUGGUGGGCUACAGUCCAUAGGGUUGCAAAGAGUUGGACCUGACUGAAGUGACUAAGGACAGCAUAGCACAACACAUAAAUGCCUUAGGGAACUUGGGCAUGGGAGUUUUAGGCUAAAACUCUUUGUCAGGUGGCUAGGGUGUAGAAAAGAACCCUCUGUUCCUAAAAAGAAACUUUGGACAUCAUAAAGUCUAAAUAAAACUUUCUUUUGGUAUUUGACAUAAGAGAUGUCCUUCCCUACAGCUGUGCUGGUUUGCUUGAGGCUUGCUUUCCCCAAUAAGCAAACAUUGCUAAUAACUGUUACAACAUAGCAAUCUUUGAGAGCUGGGUGCAUUUUUCCCCAAACACAUUGAAAAUAAAUGACAAUCUAAGUUCUACAGAAAGUAUUUGGAAAAAGUGAAUGACUCUCUCGUUAACUUGUCAACAAAUUUUCCAAAACUGUAAAGAUCAGACAUGGAAAUCAUAACUGCAUAACACUGAUUGUGCUGGCCUAAAGUAGCUAUGGUAUACAAAACUACAAGUUUU